AUGUGUAUUAGGGAGGUUUUCUUCUCUAUAUUUGUACACUCGCAUAUUAAGUCGUAUUGCACCCUCAUCCCCAGAGCGAACGGCUGGCUGCAGAACAACCUUGACAUCUACCUGAUCAAAUGCGAGACGGUCGAGAAGAAGGUCACGUGCAUCGAAGACGUCACCAACGAUAGUUGCAUGUUUCUACCAAAAAACCAUCAUGCCGCCUAUGUUAAGGGAUUGAGAUUAUGGUACGUGAACGUGACAGGGACCCGCAAGCUAGCCCUGGAGAGCAUGGCCCCCAGCGAGAUUGGCUACAUGAACGUCAUUCCGAAAUGCAUAGAUGCGUCAGGCAAGUACCCAAAGUAUGAACACCUCCCUGAAACGUACGCGGCCAUCAACGCUUACCUGGCUGGGGCUCCUUUGGAAGGCAAAAUAGUAACAAUAGAAACAGUUCCAUUGAAACUUCCUCGGAAGCAGUGGAAGAGCUUCGAGAUCAAUCCAGACGAGACGUACUUUCCCGAUGAGUACCUCAGACACGUACUCAACAUCACAAGGAUCUACUUCCGCUACGGAGAACCGGAAGUUGAACUGAUAGGUGCGCAGGACUUCCUGCCUGAUUUCGAGGGCUCUUCCCACUGGCCCCCGCUACAUCACUCCACACCGAGGUACGGCCCCAUCUCCACUGCUAUCAACAAGGUCAAAGAUUGGAUACAAAACACCAAUGUAUGUAUUUGGGUCUGGUAUAUUUCAUUAAUAACACAAGUAGAUCCACACGUGUACAGUGCGCAUUAG